GAAGACUCGGCGCGCGUAAUAGCGGUUUCUUCCUGGUGGGAAAUUUUGAACGCCCUCAGUGGAAGUAUGCCGUUUCUACUGGAAACAAAUAACCAUGGCUCUUAACUAUCAGACAUCGACUCUUUCUCUAACGCUGCCCAUUUCGUGUCAGAUAUGCCUCGGAAAGGUCCGGCAGCCGGUCAUUUGUGCCAACCACCACGUGUUCUGUUCAACCUGCAUGGAAAUGUGGUUAAAGAAAACCAGCCAGUGUCCCACCUGCAGAGUCCCCAUCACUGCAGAGAACCCGUGCAGGAAAAUCAUCGGAGGGACAAAUGAAGGUGAUCACAGUGAUAGUCCUUCUAUGAGGAAAUGUCUCAGGAAAACCAGAGGAGAACUGCUUUUUCGAGAGUAUGAGGAAGAGAUUGAAGGACUUGUGAGAGAAAAUGAGGAGCUGAAAACAAAAAAUCAAAGUCUGGAGGCACAACUGAAGACUGCUUUGCAUCCCUGCAGCGUUAAUGCAGAGCAUCAAGAUGACAAAAGAGUUUCCCCUCUUGUUGUGGAGGAAUGGAAGAACAAGCUGCAAGCUGCCACAGAUGUUUGUGAUAAAAUAAAGCAGGACAUGGACAAGCUGAAAGAGGCAAAUAAGACCCUGCGAUCUCAGAAUGUCGACCUUGUACAGGAGAAUAUGAGACUGAAAGCAGAGGUGUCAAGCAGAUCUCCUCAAAAGUUUGGUCGAUACACAGUGGCAGCGCUGGAAGCCAAAAUACAGCAGUAUGAGCGUGAUGUCGACCACUUGAAAAGGGCUUUGGAACGCAGCGACCAGUACAUAGAUGACCUCGAGGCUCGGAUCAGAAGGUCUGAGCAGAGAUAUGUUGAAGUGCAGGAAGCUGGUGAGAAUUGCAAGACUGCGACAGAAGCUCUCACACAGCAAAAGAAAAUCAGCAUGAUGAUGAGAAGCUUGAGUGACAAUGAGCGAAGAUCAAUCUGCAGCAAUCCAGAGGCAGAGUGCCCAACAUUUUCUAGAAAUCAGAGUUUGGUGUUCAUGCCAUCUGCAGACAACAAAGAGUUUGGUAAGAAUCUCACUGGAGAAAAGAACAAUGAAGACCCAGAAAGCUCCUCCUCUGACUUCUUGCCCACAACUCCAUCCUCUGCUUUACGGUCUCUGACCCUGAGAAGCCCUGGCAUCCGUGAAAAAAGAGUUGCAUUUAAACCUGUGUCUCAUCUGAGAAGGCUUGACUUCGAAGAAUAUCCUAGUCCUGGGAAGUCAAGUGUAGUCUUGCAGAGCAAAUUCCACAGCCUUGAAAAAUUCCCCAAAGGCUUGCAUCCAAAUGAUAAGGACUCUUCAAAGUCUGUGUUUUGGGGUUGUUGGCAGAGCUCAAACUUAAAUGACCCAGUGUGUCCAGGUUCCAGUAAAGAAAGCUCUGUCAAGGAAUCCACAUCUACUAGUCUUGUAGGCAAUAAGUCUGAUAGUUUUCAGAUGUCCAGUGAGGCCUCCAUGGAUGCAGCUUACCUGGAUAAAAUUUCCGAGUUGGACUCCAUGAUGCUUGAUGGAGAAAGUUCCAGUAGCCGGGGAUCACAGCUCUCCUUGGGUUCCUCCCUUCCCACAGACUUGGACAGCACUCUUGUCCCAGAUCCACAAACCUGCCCUGAUGUCUUAUCGAGCCCUGAUGGCAUUGCCGCAGUCCAACACGAGCAGCAGAACCAGCAAUCGUGCGACAACACAGACGGCACCUUUAAUACCGAAGAGGCUCCAAAUCGAUCUGCAGAAGAAUGUUUUGCUGCUCAGGUGACAGAUAGGAAGGAUGAGACUCAUGUGUCUGGCAGUGCAGAGCAGGAAGAGCCCUGUCAGACUGAGGAGCUGUCUUUUGAUUUGUUGUUUGAUCCUCUGGAUGAGAUUAAGGCCGGUCCCUCUGGCUCUCUCAGUCCAGCAAGCCAAUGCCAUGAUCAGGAUCAUGUGAACCUUUCCUCCUCUCCCUCUGGCUGCACUAGUAGUAAGCCUGUAAGCACAAGAGAAAGACAUGCCCUGAACAACAGCCAGCCAAUAAAGAGAAAGUCUCACAGUCCCUUUAAUACAAGCAGUCCCACCAAACUUUCAAAGCUCAUGUAAAGUUUUCAGAAACCUAAUUUGUGUGUUCUCAAUGUUCUAUAGCAUCUUUAGGCGAAGUUUCACUACUGCUUAUGGCUGGAAAGUAUUAUUCUGUAUACCCUUAGAACAAAUGUGUGCAUUUGAUGUUGGUGUGUAACUUAUUGUCAUGAUUCCCUUGUGAUAUGAAUUAAGGUGAACUAGAAGAUCGUCACAUAGGUUUUGUGAAAAUGUACUUGUAUGUCUCAGGGGUAGUGGAGUAACUGAAGGUCAGGUUUUUAAAGCCGGAAGAUCUGUUUGCAGUCAUUUGUAUGUUCAUGUGCAGAGGUGCAUCACAUGUGCAGCAUUGACGUUUUUCAAAUAUACCUUAAGAUUACUUGUCUGUGUUUGUCUUUUCCAGCUCUUCAACAGACGUGAUGUUUAUGGUGAUCUUUUUUUGCAGCAUUGAAUACAGAUUUAUAUAAAUAACAUCAAAAGAAGUCAUAUGCUGAAUUAAAAUUGGCAGUUUUGUGUGUUAGGAAAUAAAGAAGUAAUGCAAU